UGGGCUGCCUGUGAAAGCGCUGCCGCGGUCUCUCACCAGCUCCACAGACGUACCUUAAUGUACACCGGAUAGGCUACACAAACGGAAAACGCGAUCGUACAACAGGUGGUGGCAAAUAAUUGAUAACGCAACACAGAAGUUUCAUUUUCCACACGCAUCGGACAGAGAUAUACACAUACAGAUACACAGAGAGCGAAGUAAGUAGGGUGCGUGAAGGGGCAGGCACACAGAGAAGGGAGAAGAGCACGAGAAUAUACUACCUCAGAAGUAAGCGGUAUUGUGGGGCAUAGGAAUCAUUUCGAAACCAUCGCUACAGUCGUUCUGUCUACGGAUAGACGACUUCAGCCUAUCGGCGAGCACUGAAUUUACAACACGGAAUAUUGAUUGAUACUACAUUCCGACAUCAUGUAUUUUGGUAACUUCUGUCAGACUGCCACCAUGCCCUCAUUGGCCUGCGGGCCACCUGUGGGAGGAGUCCAUUCAUCCACGAGCCUGAAACCCCUCCACCCUUUCAGCCUUUUCCCUGGCUUCAGAGAAAGCCAGGCCUCAUUCCAUUACUUUGGUACCAAACAAACCAAGAGGCUCAAAGACCCGGACCCACCCGACUGCCAGACCAGAGCCUAUGACCCAAACACCAAGGAGAGCCUGACCAACAGUGUCUCACCCUGCCUUGCCCAGCCAUACUCAGAACCAAGUUUCACAGAUGUCACCACUGGAGUCUCGUUUUCACCUUCUCCUGCCGCCGGUGGGCCACCUUUGCCCUGCAGCCCAGCUGUAUCCGUGGAUUCUCCCGGUGACCCCGCUCCAUCCUCCGGUUCAAUGGUGGAGAAGGAAAAAGAGACGACGGACGCAGCGGAGGAGGUUGGAGAGUCGGAGGAAGAGAAGGCUAAGAGACUGCUCUACUGUUCUCUCUGCAAGGUGGCAGUCAACUCUGCUUCCCAACUACAGGCUCACAACAGCGGCACAAAACACAAGACAAUGCUGGAAGCCAGGAGCGGCGAUGGAGUCAUCAAGUCAUUCCCGAGGUCAGGGGUCAAAGCUAAGCUGGCCCCUCCCACCGAUGUGUCGACUGGGCUCCAGAACAAAACGUUCCACUGUGAGAUCUGUGACGUCCACGUCAACUCAGAGACGCAACUGAAACAGCACAUUAGCAGUAGAAGACAUAAAGACAGAGCAGCAGGGAAGCCAGCCAAGCCAAAAUUCAGCACCUACAGUCUCACGCCUAAUUGCAACCAGAAUCUACAGACAGUGGGGAUUCCUCUGAGGAAGGAGCAGGAGCUGGGGAAGCCUCUUGGUUCGUGCCUCUUCCAGCGCCAUUUAUCCCUCGCCGCUGCCACUGCCAUGGCUUGCAUGACGCCGUUCCACAUGCGCCCUUCCCCUACAACUGGCCCCGCCCUCUUUCAGACUCAGCCACUACCCCAGAUCAUGUUGCAUCCCGCCCCAGGUCCUCUUCGUACUGCGCACACGUCUGUUCUGUUCUCGCCAUACUAACUCAAGUCUGAACCAGACUUGACCAGUAUGUGACCCAGGCCCAUAUCGCACCAUGAGGCAACAACUCAAAAGUUUCGGUCCAUCAGCCAGGGCAGGCAAACAACAUUCUAGACAUUUGGAGACAGAACUGGGAUUACAGUCAGAGUAUUUUUCUCUAUUGAUCCUCUUGUGUGUCUGUUUUUUUCAUGAGAUACGAGUGUUGUUUUUCAAUAAAGUAUAUGUUGCUGGCCUUGAUGUCGUGUAGGUAAGAACAUUUAAGAAAUGGUUUGAAGUACAGUCUAUUCCAAAAGUAUUUGGACAGUAACAAAUGUUUUGGUCUGUGUAUUCCAGGGCCUUAGAUAUUCAUUGAUACAAUGACUAUGGGCAUAAAAUGGUAACUGUGAGCGUUAAUUAAAUGGUAGUAACCAUUUC